AUGAUGGAGAAACUGAACCCCCCUUCUGCCUCCCCCCCCUCUGACCCCCUAUCGGAGUCUGAACGACUGAGCCCUCAGCAGGCCCCCUCACCGGCUUCACUGGACGCUAGCAGCCCACUGCCGAUGAAUGAACCAGGGAGUCCGGGAGACAGGUUUGUCCCAACUGGCCCCCCUGCCUCCCCUCCUCCACCUCCAGAGCCCCCUACCAAGUUGCUCGACCACCCUGCCGCCACCAACAUCGAACCUGAGCCACCUGUCGCCAUGGAAACAAACAACGCCAAGGGAGGAGGUCUCAUUCAUUCCUCUCCGACAGCCCCCUCCUCCUCUCCGCCUCCCCUUCUCCCUGCCCCAGUGUCUACAUCCACUACCCCUGCCGUCCCCCCCCCAUCCUCCUCCUCCUCUUCUUCCUCCUUUUCCUCCAUUGCCCCCAUCCCUCCCCACAUCCCUGUUAUUAGUCUGGGACACAGUAAACCCCCCCACCCCCUCUCCCUCCCCAGUAACACCCCUCUUACCACCCUGCACCCCAUCCCCACCCACCCCUACCACCAUGACCCCCACCACCACGGGGGCAUUCGCCUCACCCAGCUCACCUCCCUGUCAGGGACCAGACCAGGGGCCCUAGCGACCCCCUCUCAGGGCCCCCUGCUGCCCCACCAGUACCUGCCAUCACACCAUUUCUUCAACAGGUGAUAGGGAAAUGUUUCAUAUUCAUAUUAUACUGCAUUAUCCAGUGGAGGCUGCUGAGGAGAGGACGGCUCAUAAUAAUGGCUGGAAUGGAGUCAAUGGAAUGGUAUCAAACACAUCAAACACGUGGUUUCAAUGUGUUUGAUGCCAUUCCAUUUACUCCAUUCCAGCCAUUAUUAUGAGCCGUCCUCCCCUCAGCAGCCUCCACUUGCAUUAUCAAAUUUCAUGUUGCGACUGGCUUUCUGAUACUGUAUGGCCAACUGUUUCACUAUAACUGACAGUUUCACUACUACAACUGACAGUUUAUAUCAUAGAUUUCUCUUUCUGUUUUUCCUAACCCGUAAUCCUAACCUCUUACUAAACUAGAACUACGGUACUUCCCCAUAGAGCCCAAUUUCCAACAAUCACUAUGAUGAAAUAUCCUUCUUCUUCAUUUUCAGCAGGAACAUUGUUCUAUUUUAGCAGCAUGUCUCUGCCAGUGUCAGCUGGUUACAAACCCUAAUGAGACAUAGCCUGCUGACAGCCUGCAUACUCAAUCAACAUCCCAAACAUAAUUACCAUACAGAUAGCUUUGGUCGCAUUCUCUCCCUCAGUCAAUUUGAAACGUUUUUGCCAUUUGAAAACCAUUUAACAAUUUGAAAACCAUUUAAAAUAUGAUUACUCCCCUGAAUAGCAUGGUUUGUACUUUUAAAGUUGUAUUAUUUUAUUGCUUGGAUAAUUGUAUUUGUUAUCUUUCAUUUCCAAUGCACCCUCUCUCACAUUCCUCCCUCUUUGGAAGUCACUUUAAUAAUAUGUAAUAAUGUUUACAUACUGUUUUACUCAUUUCAUUUGUAUAUACUGUAUUCUAGUCAAGUCCACCCUAUUCAACUAAUGCUGUACAUAUACUAUUCUUCAGAUAUACUAUAUAUUCUAUCCACAUACUGUCCAUAUUGUCUAUACAUCCCAUCACAUCUAUAUAUAUAUAUAUACAAAUAUUUAUAUUCCGGACUCCAACAUUGCUUGUCCUAAUAUUUAUAUAUUUCUUAAUUCCAAGAUUCAUGUGUAUUGUGUGUAUUGUUAGAUACUACUGCACUAUUGGAGAUAGGAACACAAGCAUUUUGCUACACCCGCAAUAACAUCUGCUAAAUAUGUGUAUGCCACCAAUAAAUUUGAUUUGAUUUGAUUUGAUUCUCUCCUUCUCUCUCUCAGUUCUCAUCUUGGUCCCUCUGGUAACUAUGGAAUCUUUACCAGUAGAAGCAUCAAGAGACGGCCCUCCUCACACUAUGAGUUAGAUCUCAAUGAUGGUAAAUAGAAGCUAUCCUGGUGUGACUGUCCAUGGACUACUGAUCAAAACCAGCAUAUGAUAAAUUAAUCAGAUACAGUAUAUGUAGUGUAUGUAUGUACAUAUUCACCACAGGAGGCUACUGAGGGGAGGACGGCUCAUAAUAAUGGUCGGAACAGAGCAAAUGGAAUUGCAUCCUGGAAACCAUGUAUUUGAUGUAUAUGAUACCACUCCACUGAUUCUGCUCCAGUCAUUACCACGAGCCCAUCCUCCCCAAUUAAGGUGCCACCAACCUCCUGUGAUAUACACUGAGUAUACCAAACAUUAGGAACACCUUCCUAAUAUUAAGUUGCGUGUAUGUACAUGUGCAUACUGGUACGUAUGUGUAUUUAAUGAACUGUGCCUGUGUAUCCUCAUCCAGUGGGCCCUCCUCAGAAGCUGGCGAGGCGUGUGUUCACCAACAGCCGGGAGCGCUGGCGCCAGCAGAACGUCAACGGGGCCUUCUCAGACCUCCGCAGGCUCAUCCCCACCCACCCUCCGGACAAGAAGCUCUCCAAGAAUGAGAUCCUCCGCCUUGCCAUGAAGUACAUCGACUUCCUUGUCACCCUGCUCAACGACCAGUCCCAAGACAAAGCCAGGGGCUCGCCUGAUGUGGAGACCCAGGAUGAGAGGGCCGAAGCUGGGUUGAAUAACAAGGAUAUGCACCCACUUUUCCAGGGUGACACUCCCUCUUCAACUAUAGCCCACCACGACAGAGGAAACUCCACAGACUCAUCGGUCAUCGUCUUGGCAACUUCCCCGACCUCCAGUUGCUAUAGCAACACAGACAGCGAGGAGAGCCUGGGGGGCGGGACUAAGAGCUCAAUGGUGGUGCCGCGGGGCAUUCCGGAAAAGGUCAAAGCUCAGAUUCGGACUGUGGUGACACUCGUCAGCGACCAGCGGUGA